AUGAACUGCCAGAGUCGACGUAGACCUUCACCAUACAACUGGAGUCAAUUCAAUCACAAAUUGAAAAUGGUUCAUUGGCCCCAUUUUCUGAGUCUUGCGAAUCUCAUAGCUCUCAGCUGGCUAUGUGUUGUAUUUGUAUCUUCCUCGCCUCAGUCUGUCCUUAAGUCGGCACCUCUCAUUAAUGAGUAUGCCAGGCAAUCCAAUUCAUCACUUUUAUGGGGUCCGUACAGAUCUAACUUGUAUUUCGGUAUCAGACCCCGGAUUCCCAAAUCAUUACUGUCUGGUCUGAUGUGGUACAAUGCUGAUAGUUAUGAUGGACUAAAAAAUCUCCGUCAUACCUGUGAGCAAGGUGAUGCCAUGGCCGGCUAUGGAUGGCAACAGUAUGACCCCCGGUCUGGAGGACAUCAAGUCAUCAAUGAUUUGGAUAAUUUUGUUAAUAUUAGUACUGAUUUUGUCAAAACUGAAGUUGGCAGCUGGGCUGUCAGAGUGAAAGGUGUUCCACAAAAUGAGCAACGUAGAACCACUGUCAUAUUUUAUUCCGGCUUAGAGGGCCAUGGGAAGUUAGACUUGGAGAGUCAAUUGACUCCAGAGGGCAUAGAGGGUCCUGUAGAGCUUGUUGGAUCAUCUCCUGAACUUGGCGACUUUUCGAUUGAAGUCACUACUGGCCCUUCUACCAACCGCCAUCCAAAGACAAGUCAUGUUGUAGACAAAGUCAGACCUUCACAAAAUUCCCAUUACGCUUCAUUGAUGAUGCCAGACGAUAAUGUCUGGCUCGCUAAAGAAGUAUUUCAAACUUUCAUUGAAGAUAACGUAAGUCAGUUUUCCGCCCUGUUUGACGAAGCCGACAUGAUUCCUCCCUGGAGUGUAUUUACUCUGCAAAAUAGAGACGACUUAAAAGGCAAUGUUCAUAUGAUUCAAAGGACAUAUCAAGGAAGUUUUGAAUUUGACAUUCUCUAUAACCCAAUUGAAAUUUCUGAGAGCUCUAAAAUCAGCAGCAGAAAGCUGGGUGAUUUGUUGGAACUAUCAUUGAGUGAAUUUGAUACCAAGUUCAAAAGAGCCUUCCAGUUCCAGCCUCCUUUUGACUCAUCGCUCAAGCAUGAGCUUUUUGCUAAGGAAAUGUUCUCAAACCUAGUUGGAGGCAUUGGUUACUUUUACGGAACGUCCAUUGUUGAUAGAUCAUUGAGUGAUUUAGACGAUGACGAGGGUGAUUGGGAAGUUGAGGCAGCAGCUUUGGCUUCUGGAGUGGGUAAAGAAGAGGGCCCGUUCGAGCUAUUUACAGCGGUUCCAAGUCGUCCUUUCUUCCCUCGAGGUUUUUAUUGGGAUGAAGGAUUCCAUCUUAUCCCUGUUCUCGAUUAUGAUGCUGACCUCACUCUGGAAGUGCUGAAGAGCUGGUUUUCAUUAGUAGAUGGUGAUGGAUGGAUUGCUAGAGAGCAAAUCCUUGGCCCCGAGGCACGUAGCAAAGUUCCUACUGAGUUCCGAACUCAGUAUCCUCACUACGCCAAUCCACCUACUUUGAUGUUGCUAUUUUCCAAUAUUGCCAAGCGUGCUCACGAAUGGAGUCAAUCUGAGCACGGUACUAACUUUGAUGGUAGCUUGGUACUGGGCAAUGCCCACAUCGAAUAUCCCGAAUUGCUUUUCAGCUAUGCCGAGAAGAUCUACCCAGAACUACAAAGCCACUAUGAGUGGUUUAGAAGAACUCAAAAGGGGGAAAUUAGGCAGUGGGAUAGAGAGGCCUUCUCUUCAAAAGAGGGCUAUAGAUGGCGCGGUCGAACUCCUAAUCACUGUCUAACUAGUGGAUUGGACGACUAUCCACGGGCUGCCAUGCCACACCCUGGUGAGUUACAUGUUGACUUAUUAUCAUGGAUUGGUAUGAUGACAAGAUCGAUCAAGGAGAUAGCUCGUGUACUUGGAAAAGACGAUGACGUUGAAAUGUACAGCGAAAUUGAGGAGGCUAUUGUGAAAAAUCUGUAUGACCUACACUGGGACCACAAAGAGCAAAUGUACUGUGAUUCAACAAUAGAUGACUAUGAGGAAAGUGUGCAUGUCUGUCAUAGAGGAUACGUCAGCUUGUUCCCAUUCAUGCUUCAAUUGAUUCCUGAAGACUCGACAGAACAAUUGUUGGCUGCCAUCAAUGAUAUCAAAGAUCCUGGAGGACUCUGGUCACCAUACGGAAUUCGCAGUUUGUCAAAGAGUGAUGAAUUCUUUGGCACCAAGGAAAAUUACUGGAGAGGGCCUAUAUGGAUCAAUAUGAACUACAUGAUUUUGGAGAGUUUGAGAUACUACGGCACUUCUGAGACAUCCAGCGCCGAAGUCAAGUCUCUAUCCAGCGAAAUAUACAAGGAGUUGAGAGUGAAUAUUGUCAACAACGUUUUUAAUAGAUGGGAAGAGACAGGAUUUGCCUGGGAACAAUACGACUCAAAUACUGGCAAGGCACAAGGAGUCAAGCAUUUCUUAGGCUGGACAUCACUGGUGAUUAAGAUCAUGGCCAUGCCUGAAGAAUUAUAA